UCUAACGGUUCGAGAUAAAUAAAGAGGACUCUUGCGACUCCGAUCCUGUUGCCCUCUCUGGUUCUUCCGCAGAGAUCCAUCGGAAGAGGAGCUUCAAGGCCAAUGGGGGUUUAUCGGUGUGCCUCGAUGCUGAAGAAGUGCUCGGAGUUUCAGGGAUCUUUCCGAAGCCUUUUGUGCUCACAGAGGACACAUCUAGUGUAUGGCAACCAGAGGUCAGAUUCUGCUUGCAAACUAUUCAGUACCCAGGCUGCAAGUUCAGCAAGUACUCCACAGCCUCCACCCCCUCCCCCACCCCCAGAGAAAACUCACUUUGGAGGGCUAAAAGAUGAGGAUCGCAUAUUCACAAAUGUAUAUGGUUUGCAUGACCCUUUCCUUAAGGGUGCCAUGAAGCGUGGUGACUGGUACAGAACCAAGGACUUGGUACUGAAGGGUGCUGACUGGAUUGUCAAUGAAAUGAAGAAGUCUGGUCUCCGAGGCCGUGGAGGUGCUGGAUUUCCAUCUGGCCUCAAGUGGUCUUUUAUGCCAAAAGUUUCUGAUGGCCGCCCUUCCUAUCUUGUUGUCAAUGCUGAUGAGAGUGAACCUGGCACAUGCAAGGACAGAGAAAUCAUGCGCCACGAUCCACACAAACUACUUGAAGGGUGUCUAAUUGCUGGAGUUGGCAUGAGGGCAACUGCAGCUUACAUCUAUAUCAGAGGGGAGUAUGUGAAUGAGCGAUUGAACCUGGAGAGAGCAAGGAAAGAAGCAUAUCAAGCCGGACUUUUGGGGAAAAAUGCAUGUGGAUCAGGUUAUGAUUUUGAUGUUCAUAUUCACUAUGGUGCCGGUGCCUAUAUUUGUGGUGAAGAGACAGCUCUUCUUGAAAGCCUUGAAGGAAAACAAGGGAAACCUAGAUUGAAGCCACCUUUUCCUGCCAAUGCCGGAUUAUAUGGCUGCCCAACAACUGUCACAAACGUAGAAACCGUGGCUGUAUCUCCCACAAUUUUAAGGCGCGGACCUGAAUGGUUUGCUAGCUUUGGCCGGAAAAAUAACUCAGGUACAAAGCUGUUCUGCAUAUCUGGGCAUGUGAACAAGCCAUGCACUGUGGAAGAGGAGAUGAGCAUACCUUUGAAGGAGUUACUAGAAAGGCACUGUGGUGGUGUUAGAGGUGGGUGGGAUAACUUGCUAGCUGUUAUACCAGGGGGUUCUUCUGUUCCUCUCUUGCCAAAGCAUAUCUGUGAUGAUGUUUUGAUGGACUACGAUGCCCUCAAGGCUGUUCAAUCUGGAUUAGGCACUGCCGCUGUUAUUGUGAUGGAUAAAUCCACCGACGUAGUGGAUGCGAUUGCUCGCCUGUCCUACUUCUACAAGCACGAAAGCUGCGGGCAAUGCACACCUUGCAGAGAGGGGACAGGGUGGCUGUGGAUGAUCAUGGAGAGGCUGAAGGUCGGUAACGCAAAGCUGGAAGAAAUCGAUAUGCUUCAAGAAGUCACCAAGCAGAUUGAAGGACACACUAUAUGUGCUUUGGGAGAUGCCGCCGCAUGGCCAGUGCAAGGUUUGAUCAGGCAUUUCAGGCCGGAGCUAGAAAGAAGGAUCCGUGCACGUGCCGAGAAGGAGCUCCUCGAGGCUGCGGCUGCCUGAUUAAUUUAUUAGCUUUCUUCUGCCAUUUCAGUAUUCGACGAAGAAAACAAAUAAAUCCAACCCGAAAAACUCUUCUUGUAACUCUUAAUACAAAUUCAGUGAGUCUUCUGUGUCCAGAUAAUCACUGUUUUAUUUUGUCAAACUUCAUUGUUCAGCAUUUGAGACAGUAUUUAUUGGCUUUGGAAAUGGUUUUGUUCUUUUUCAGUUAA